AAAAGUUUUCUCACUCAAACAUUAUGCUAUCUAAUUUAAAGGAGAAUUGUCGAAAUUAAGGAGUAGAAAGAAAUACGCAAAGAUGUAAUUAUUGGAAGUGUGAAAAAGCUAUCAAAUUUUAAACAAAUUGCAAGAUCUUCGGACAAAAACAUUAAGCCCAUGUCUAAAGAGCCGUUUCUCGCAUUCUGACCAUUUGAUUUGACAGAAACCGAGUAAUAUAUAAAGUGUACACACUAAACUAGUGGCAUCGGGCUUCUUAUAAUAAAAGCGGAUUGUUCCGACGGUCAUAUCUGGCGCUGAAGUCCAGAGUAUGAAAUUGGCUUGGUCGAGCCAAAAUCUAUCUUUCUUCCACUCUGGAAUCAAAUCUUGCAUUGAAACCAAAAACUCAAGAUCUGCAUUUGCUUAUUUUCGCCAAUUGUUGCAAUUCAGUGUAAAGCCCACUGACCUCACUUUUUCUUUAUUGCUUAAAUUCUCUGCAUCAUCAUCGCUCUGUCUUAAACUAGAAGCCUAUCAAAUCCACACCCAUCUAGUAAAAUUGGCUUUUGAUAAGUUUGUCUAUGUAAGUACAUCCCUUCUUGAUGUUUAUAUGAAGCUAGGAUGCAAUUUCUGUGCCCAAAGACUGUUCGAUCAUAUGCCUAAUAGAGACAUUGUCACCUGGAAUGCGUUAAUAUGUGGCUAUUCGAAAAACGGGUAUGAUUUUGAUGCCUUGCAGCUAUUUGUUCAAAUGUUUCGAGAGGGCUUUAUUCCGGAUGAGACAACGUUAGUUAGUGUGGUUCCGUCUUGUGGGCCACGAGAGCUAGUGUUUCAAGGGAAAUCUAUCCAUGGGUAUGGGAUUAAAACUGGCCUUGAUUUGGAUGUUAAAGUUAAGAAUGUGCUUGCUUCAAUGUACGCUAAAUGUUCAGAUUUGGAAGCGGCAGAACUUCUAUUCCAAAACAUGGUUGAGGAUUGUGUAGUUUCGUGGAAUACCAUAAUUGGUGCUUAUGGCCAAAAUGGUUUUUUUGAUCAGGCAAUGCUUGCCCUAACGAAAAUGCGAGAGAAAAAUGUGAAAGUAAAUUCAGUUACAGUUCUGAGCAUUCUCUCUGCCAAUGCCGACCCAGAAUCUACCCAUUGCUAUGUAAUCAAAACUGGGAUUAUCAAUGAUGCAUCUGUGACUACUUCACUGGUUUGUGUAUAUGCCAAAAAUAGGGACACUGAAUCAGCAGAGCUCCUUUACAAGUCAUUGCCUGAGGAGAAUUUGGUUUCCUUAACCGCAAUUAUUUCAAGCUAUGCUGAGAAAGGAAGUAUGAGUUUGGCUGUUGAACGUUUUACUCAAAUGCAACAGUUAGAUAUGAAAGUGGAUGCAGUAGCUAUGGUUAGCAUCCUUCAUGCGAUAACAAACCGACAUCAUAUUGACAUUGGGCUUUGUUUCCAUGCUUAUGGAUUAAAGAGUGGGUUGUGUAAUGAUUGUUUGGUAGCCAAUGGGCUAAUUAGCAUGUAUUCCAAGUUCAUUGACACUGAUGCUAUAUUCUAUUUGUUUUCAGAGAUGAAUAAGAAACCACUAAUCAGUUGGAAUUCAGUCAUAUCUGGAUGUGUACAAGCAGGAAGAGCAAGUGAUGCCAUGGAGUUUUACUGUCAAAUGCAGAUGUCUGGACUUAGACCAGACACUAUCACUGUUGCUAGUUUACUGUCUGGGUGCUCUCAACUUGGAUACAUGCAAUUUGGGAGGAGACUUCAUUGCUAUGUCCUUAGAAACAAUCUAGAAAUAGAAGAUUAUGUUGUUACUGCCCUAAUAGACAUGUACACUAAGUGUGGAAGCAUAAAGCACGCGGAAAUGGUGUUCAAAAGCAUCCAAAACCCGUGUGUAGCAACAUGGAAUUCAAUGAUCUCAGGCUAUAGUUUAUAUGGGUUUGAACAGGAAGCUCUUAAUUCUUACUCUGCAAUGCGGAAACAAGGACUUAAACCUGAUAAAAUCACUUUCUUGGGAGUUUUAGCUGCUUGUAUCCACGGGGGUCUUGUUGAUGAAGGGAGAAAGUACUUCAAAAUCAUGAAAGAAGAAUUUGGCAUAGCGCCAACAUUGCAACACUCUGCAUACAUGGUUGGUCUCCUUGGUCGAGCAGGCUUCUUUGAAGAAGCAAUAUCAUUUAUAAAGACAAUGGAGAUUGAGCCUGAUUCGGCGGUGUGGGGAAGCUUACUCAGUGCUUGUUGCAUGCACCAAGAGGUAAAGCUCGGGGAAUGUUUGGCCAGGAAGUUAUAUUUCUUGGAUUAUGGAAACGGUGGAGUAUAUGUAUUGAUGUCAAAUCUAUAUGCGGCUAGAGGGAUGUGGGAUGAUGUAGUAAGGGUGAGGAAGAUGAUGAAAGACAUUGGAGGUGAUGGCUGUUCGGGAGUUAGCCUAAUUGAGGUGACCUCCAUGCCAAAAUAUGGACAUUAACUUUAAUUAAUUCCUCUGUUUAAUUAACAAACAAACUAAUGACGUAUAAAAAAGUCGAAUUAAUUUUUCUUGAUUCGACUUUGACCAUUGUAGUCCAUUGCACUGGAUCCAAACGUGUUUUACGUAAAUACAAUACAGACAUGCCAAUAGGGGUGUAAAUUAACCCAGUUAAUUCUAUUAGUUAAA